ACUUGGCUCAGAAGAGAGUUCAUCUGUCCUAACACCAAUGGAGAGCUGUAUGUCCAUCUUCUGUCUCGCUGUCCUGCUUCUGCACUCAACAGCCAGCGGUGAUGAUCUGAGGCUGGUGAAUGGAGGCAGUCCCUGUGCUGGCAGAGUGGAGAUUCUUCACGAUGGACAGUGGGGGACAGUUUGUAGUGCUGACUGGGAUAUAGCGGAUGCUGCAGUUGUGUGUAAACAGCUGGGCUGUGGAUCUGCUGUUUCAGCACCAAUCGAUGCUCACUUCGGAGCCGGUUCUGGAACCAUCUGGCUGAUUUUUGUUUCCUGCGACGGCUCUGAAUCUGCCCUGCGGGACUGUGGGUCAUUGGGGUGGGGUGAGGGCUCUACAUACUGCACUCACGCUAAUGAUGCUGGAGUGAUCUGUUCAGGCGGUGAUGAUCUGAGGCUGGUGAAUGGAGGCAGUCCCUGUGCUGGCAGAGUGGAGAUUCUUCACAAUGGACAGUGGGGGACAGUUUGUAGUGCUGGCUGGGAUAUAGCGGAUGCUGCAGUUGUGUGUAAACAGCUGGGCUGUGGAUCUGCUGUUUCAGCACCAAUCGAUGCUCACUUCGGAGCCGGUUCUGGAACCAUCUGGCUGAUUUUUGUUUCCUGCGACGGCUCUGAAUCUGCCCUGCGGGACUGUGGGUCAUUGGGGUGGGGUGAGGGCUCUACAUACUGCACUCACGCUAAUGAUGCUGGAGUGAUCUGUUCAGCAGUGCGGCUCAGUGGUGGCAGCGAUCUCUGCUCUGGGAGAGUUGAAGUACAGCAUGGGCAGACCUGGGGAACGGUCUGUGAUGCUGACUUUGACUGGCAGGAUGCAGAGGUUGUCUGUCGGGAGCUGAAGUGUGGAAUUCCUCAAGAGGUGCUGGGAGGAUCCCCUUUUGGAGCGGGGCAGGGUAAGGUCUGGUCCAAGGAGAUGCAGUGCCAGGGAAACGAGCCCCGGCUCUAUGAUUGUCGCACUGCAGCCACGAAGAAGCAGGGCUGCACACAUAGGAACAACGUGGGCCUUGUCUGUUUUGGGUACACUGGGUACAGGCUGGUGGGUGGCCCUGACUCCUGUUCUGGGCGAGUGGAGCUGCAGUACGAUGAUCAGUGGGGGACAGUCUGCGAUCGCUAUUGGGAUCUGCAGGACGCCACAGUUCUCUGCAAGCAGUUGAAUUGUGGGUACGCUGUAUCAGUCCCGGGACAGGCCUGGUUUGGUGAAGGCAGUGGUGAUGUACGGGCUGAUAUAUUCGACUGUGAUGGCAGUGAGACACACAUGUCAAAGUGCUCCAUCUCUGCCUGGGGACGAGGUGCCUGCACUCAUAGGAACGAUGCAGGAGUUAAUUGUUCAGGUCCAUUGCUACCAGCACAAGCAGGUCGAAUCGAGCCUCUACCAAGUAACUGCAACACCAGUAAUGAAGGGACCUCGCUCUGCUCAGAUCACACGGCCCUCAGGCUGGUGGGGGGAGGAGGUGCCUGCGCUGGGAGGGUGGAGGUUUAUCACAACGGCUCCUGGGGGACGGUCUGCGAUGACUCCUGGGACCUGGAAGAUGCUGAGGUGGUGUGUAAGCAGCUCCAGUGUGGGACGGCACUCAGAGCCACAGUGUCCGCUUCUUUCGGCCAGGGAACCGAUCCCAUCUGGCUGGACGAACUGCGCUGUCAGGGGAAGGAAUCGACUCUGUGGGAGUGUGCCUCAGGAGGGUGGGGGCAGCACGACUGCAGACACAAGGAGGACGCGGGAGUCGUGUGUUCAGAGUUCAAGGAUCUUAGGCUGGCUGAAGGCUGCUCUGGACCAAUAGAGGUCUUCUACAAUGGCACCUGGCGCAGUGUCUGUGGCAACAGAAUGACACAGAUUACAGCUACAGUGAUAUGUCAGCAGCUGAACUGUGGAGAAAGUGUUGCCAUUAGAGAAGCAAAUUCCAGGCUGAGUUCUGAUGACAAAUGGCUUGAUGAAGUGAACUGCAGAAAACACGACUCUACACUGUGGCGGUGUCCAUCCUUACCCUGGGGUCAGACAAAUUGCUUUAACAAUGAGGUGGCUGCAAUUGAGUGCACAGAGCCAGCACAGCUGAGGCUAGCUGGAGGCUCCAGUCCCUGCUCCGGACGGGUGGAGGUGCGGUUCGAGGGCUCCUGGGGGACAGUCUGCGAUGACUCCUGGGACCUGGUGGACGCUCAGGUGGUCUGCAGACAACUAGGCUGUGGGGCGGCGGAGAGCGCAGGGGGGGGUGAGGCUAAGUUUGGACAAGGGGACGGUACCAUCUGGUUGGACGAGGUGAACUGCAGGGGCAGCGAGAUGCACCUGUGGGACUGCCGGCACGCUCCGCUGGGACACAAUGACUGCUACCACAAAGAGGAUGCGUGGGUUACCUGUGCAGUUCCAACUACUAUCAACCCUCCACGGAACACAGCAGGACCCUCUGCACCCAAUCAGAGAGACAUGACCAUCCCAUUGAUAGCCUGCAUUGUGCUGGGAGCUCUGCUCUUUGUGGUGCUGGUCCUGUUAGCCGGGCAGCUGCAGAACAACAGGAUGCUGAGGAGAGGGAUUGCUGAGGAGCUUGACCCCUUCCAUGAAGCCGUUUACGAGGAGAUCGAGUACAAACUGGCCAGACAGGGAACCUAUGGUGCUCCCAGGAGAGGGAGUUUCCUUUCUGAUCAGCUGCCCUCUGACUACGAUGAUGUGGAGGACAGCGAGGGGAACCCCAUCCCAGGUGAAUCGAUGCCCUCUCUGGAAGGAGAGCCCCCAGGGUACUAUGACGAUGCCGUCCCUUUGAACAGCAACCCAGAAGAUUUAUCAGGGAGUUUCCUUCCUGACGAACUUCCCUCUGGCUACUAUGACGUGGAGGACAGUGAGAGGAACCCCAUCCAAGGUUCUCCCCUCACUCCCCCUGGAGAGGAGAGUGCCCGGGCUGCACUGCCUCCUGAAGAAGGAGCCGCUGCACCUGACAGGACUGACUACGAUGAUGUUGGGGAGGAGUCUCCAGGAGAGGCCGGGGCGCUGUGAGGCUGGCAGUGUGUCUGGGAGGAGAACAGAGGGGCAGCUGGAGCCCCCUAGAGUUCUAGAUCUGUAAGAGCGCCAUUAACUGUAAACCUGCCAGGCAGUUUCACUGCAGUUCCAGCCUUCCUCUGGGAUUUCACUGUGAAACUCCACUGGCUGAAUAUUUAGCAAGCUUCUUAUGAAAGUGCUUCAUGUGAAAUAUGAAUGUUGCCCUUUAUGCUGCAAAAUUGCAUUUUGUUACAAACAAGCUGGUUACCAAAUUAGUAAACAUGUCCCGAACGCUAAUUGAACUUUGAAAGAAACUAAGAAAUUAUAUUUUCCCAAGAACAAUAAAUCGUUGAUUUCUCAAAGAUCAGUAUUAUGUUAAAUAAAAAAAUAAAAAAUCCACUGUUUCUGGCUAAUGAAGUAACUGAGAGAGUUCAGAAAUGUAACUAAGAGCCAGUAGGCCAGUGUCUUCAAUGUUUUUGGGGAACACAUGUGGUUUUAUGUAUGCCCCCACCUCCAUCACCCAUCACAAUUAUGAAGGUAUAUUCCUACACAGAUUUCCAAAAGUAUCCAAGAAUUAUUUUCACAAGUUUUAAGGUUAUAGGAAAAAAGGCUGUAAAAAAAUUCUAAAUGCUUGAAAACAUGAAUAUAUCUGGCAUCUUAUUAACCAGAAAACCUCUUAUUUUGACUCAAUAUUGCCCAAAUUUUGCUGUUAUAUUUUACUGUUAAAUUAGUUGCUUCUGAGUCUGUUAAGGUGGAGCUGGGGAAUAAUCACAAGCACUGUCUGGGAAUAGUGCAUUCAAAUUAUACAAAUAAAUAAACAGUGUCUUAAAAAAAAAAAAAGUUAUCUGUAUAUUUUGUAUUAUUUUUUUCUAGCAAUGUCUGGUUUUCUUUUAAAUCCAGUCCAUAGUCUUUAAAUACAGAUUAGGUUUUAAUAUAUCUGUCUUCCCUCUUUCAGCCUGUAAUUCUGAUGGUUUGCAGUGUUAAAAGGGAUCUGGUUUGAAAAUUAAUUGUUUCGGACUUAAAAAUGUUCCAUAGCACAACUCUAGGGAGUUAUCUUGUUUGUAAUUAAUUUGGAGCUUGUUAUGCAGAAAAAAAUACACAUUUUAAACAUGUUUUGUUUUUAUUAUUAUUUGAAUAUAUCUACUCUGCUUUAAUGUACCCUUUCUAAGUGUAUAGCAUUUCUUGCAGUGUGUGCAAUGGCUUGACGGCUGUAUUAGUCUGUUUUUAAACAAUAAAGUCUAAUUUAACA